AUGAUCAAAGCCACCCUCCUGUUGAUUGUCUUAGCCCUUGUGGCCCGGGCCUCUGGCACACAGGUUUCCAGCCCCCCUGACACUCCACGCGAAGUUUCCUCCUUCGCUAGCCUUUUCAAGACCACGGGCGGGGCCUCCGCCAAGAGCAUCUGGCCCUACACCUACUUCUCACCCAGGGUGUUCGCUACCCAAGUCGGUGACAACAAGUUCAACGCCUCGCCUUGUCGAAAGAACGUCGAGUGGUUCCAGAGAGAGGCCUUGAACAAUCCGGACUUUUGCCGCAAGUUUAUGCCCGAUUCGGUGGCUGCCAAGUACAACAUAACCAGUGAUAAGGUCCCCCAUCGCUAUCCGGCCCCCCCGGGACUUAAAACCUACCCGCCCAAGGGCUGCGACAAUUUCACCCUCGCCAAGUUAUCCCCCAUCGUGCUGAACCACUGCGAAGAGGGCCCCAUCCAUGACACCUCCUGGGACUCCCUUUGCUUCAACAAGAAGUGCAUCUCUGCCAUGCGGGAUCUCUACGUCUGUGGUCGCAACCGAUUUGCCUUCAUGCCGGACAUUUGUCUCACGCUGGACGACAUCCCUUCGUUCGAGCAUAUUUGUCCCAAGGACAGCUAUGGCUACAAGAUUUUCUCCAAGCUCGAUUGCUCCGACUUCACCCACUUUCUGAAGUAUCCCGAGGACUACUCAUAUCCCAGCGAGUAA